CCCUCACUGUGUAUGUUAUGGAAUCUGAUUCUUCCAGUGGAGAUUCCCCAGUCACAGUGAUCCCCAGGCAUGGUUCCGUAGGGGGAAGCACUGGGGUAAGCCCUUUCCUGGAAUCUGCAAGCCAUAGUGAAUCCCCACCUCAAAUAGUUGACAGAAGUGAGGGAGGGAUAGAGUUGAGUAGCAGGAUCAGACCGGUGGGGGUCAAGGACAGUUUUGCCAACACUGACCCCAAAAGAUACCGUGACUAUCAGCAGAGUUCACAGUCACCAAGAAUGACCCAUAGUGUGGGUACAAACACUGAUGCAUCCGGUUUUUCCGUUGACACCUACAAAGACACAUUAUGCAAAGCCUUGUCUAAAACUGUAGACUCCUUCAGCCAAACUUUCUCAUCAUCUCAUGAAGAUAAAUGGACAGAGGACAGCUAUCCUUCUAGAUCUUUCGGUUCACAGGUGGAUGAGCUUUCAAUAACUGACCUGGAAACAUCGACAUCAACCGGCCCACCAUCAGUGUCCCUGCACUCAGAAGCCAACAAAGGAGCUUUCGUCUCGGUCUCAGUAACAAAUCAGCCAGACGGCAGGAAAAGUCUGCAAGCAGCUGGCCAAGAGAUGAAGAAUAAUGCAAGUCACAAGGGACUCAGUCAUGAAUUUAGUCAAGCUGAUGAGGAAGACCCGAGAAGUUCAGUUUUCUUCAAAGAUUCUGAAAGAACUGCUGUUUCAUUAUGGGACAGCUCAGCUGGCAAGUCAAGCAAUGAUGACAGUUCCAGCACUACCUCAAGGGGUUCAACACUGUCGCCGCUAACAAUACACGCCAUCUUAGAUGAUGACGCCGACUCUGCCUUCUCCAUGUCUACUCUCAAAAUGCGGCAGAUGGUCAGCGUCGGGACAGGGGUCAACAUACACAGCCUGGAUGACUCCACGCAGACCGAGUAUGUUGAGCCGGCCGACAGCAGCAUGGAGUCGGUCAGAGACAACUCACGGCAGUCGAACCAGCUUGGCAUGUCCUACUCGUCAGAAGGGGACAGCCACGACAUGUCCACCAUCCAGAGAGAGCUGGAUAAGCUUCACAAUGAGAGAAUUGAGAUUAUUGAACUACUUUCUCUUCACUACCUUCCGUCCAGUCUGACCAUUGAGCUGCUGGAGGCCAAGCUUAACUAUUGCAUCGGGCAGACGGACACGCUUCUCGCUAAUUUAGAAGAUGCUUGGGGCAAUGAAGACACACAGCCCACAAGGUCCCAGACAUUGAUUAAAGUGACAAGGGAGUACCUGGAGGAAUACAAAACACAGCUUAAUGAAAGCAGAAAACAUUUUGAAUCCUGUUUGGAAACGCAGGAGAGAAAACAAAGGGGAAUACGGGGACGACGCAAAACAAGAGGCCGGGAUGUGCUGGAAAUGAGGAGACGAGCAGAGAUUGAAGCCUUCCAAUUGGAGAGAUUGAGAGAACAGUGUCGGUAUGAGAGAGAGAAAGCAAGGAAAUGCUAUAAUCCAUUCAAAACAUCAUCCUCUUCAUUCGAGAGUUCGUCAACGACAGGUCCGAGGUUAAUGACACCCAGGCAAAGGAGAGACCAUCUGGUCAGUCUGAGGCGCCAAAUUGUGGACAGUUCUGCCUGGGAUAGGACAGAGUUAAGACCGCACUCUACAUCACCCCAUUCAUCACCCCAUUCAUCACAACGUCCAACCCAUCUUCAGUGGGCCUACCGGGCCUCAUCUUGUUCCCCAACCAGGUCAGAGACAUCAAGUGUGUUCAGGCUGUCAGGUUCACCACCUGAGAGCGUGUAUUCUGCCUGGGCUUCGCCCUACUCAUUGAGCACACUGCCCAGCCCCAUACACCACCAGCUUCCAAAGUCUCAUAGAGCAGAUCCAGCACUGAGAGACAUGACCCCAGACUUCAGAACUAACGUGGUGGCAUCCUACUCCAGUAGAGAUCUCCACCCAGACAGACUGAUAGAAGAGUCCAAUGAGGUGCGCAGACAGAACCAAAUCCAGAUUGAACAAGCACAUGAAGUGCUGCGUCUGCUGGACGAAAGGAGACAUCAGAUGAACCAAUCGGAAAGGUAAUAAGUAGCCAUCAUCCAUGUUUUUUCUAUUCUCUUUUAAACAUGAUAAUUAAACAAAGAAAUGACCGAGCAUUCCUGUAAAAAUGUCAUCACAUUUACACAUGCCACAAGAGAUUUGAUUUAAAUUUAAAAAAGUAUACAUUCUAGGUGAUAGGUCUUAAAAUUACAAAAUUUGACAAAAUAGUUUUAAUGAUACAAUUUAUUAAAUUUUAAUAAAUUGUAUCAUUAAAACUAUUUUGUCAAAUUUUGUAAUUUUAAGACCUAUCACCUAGAAUGUAUACUUUUUUUUAAAAUCCACACUGUGUUCCUGAAAGAAGUUAACCCUAUUUUAUAAUGAUGAAAUCUAAUGGUAAAUAUUAUUCAAUUUGUUUAAAUUACAAAACUCAUUUUAAUUCUAACAUAAUGUUAAAUUUGAUUAAACUACAGUUUGUUUUUGAAGUGCCCACCAUAAGUGUCAAUACAGGCUUCAAGACGCACUCUCCACUGACCAAUCAUUAUUAAAAGGGUUCCCUUUUUUCCUUGACACACUCCAUAUUGAUGAGAACAAAAAAUGCACACAUUAUUCUAACUUACGCAAUAUUUGUUGUCCAGGAGACAGACAAGUAAUGCUCCUUACAGAAAUCAUGCUUACAGUGUAAGUGACUUAUUUAAUAUUCAUGUAUGAGCAUGCCCUAUCUUCUAAUAAUUCAACAAAUAGAUCUAAAUAAUUCUCCCCUCUCUGCGAAAUUAUUAUGUUUCUUUAACUAUAAGCUGUUGAUUGUCUCUGUCCAGUGGCUAGCUACAACAAAAGUAUUUUUUUAGCUUGAUGUGAGUCACCUAUAUGUAGUUAUUGGAACCACCAACUAACUCUUAGGGUAGAACCUACGAAAGAACUUGUACUAUGUAUUAAGGUCUCUAAUCAUAAUUUGUUGUCAUUUCAUUGUAUUGUAAAACAAGUCCAGUGUAAAUUUCAUUGACAUUAUUUUUUUAAAACUAUCAACAGUAUUCACCAUCGUACAAGAUCUCAACAGCAAAAAAUGGCAGCAUCUCAACAUCUUCUCCACUUCAAAAGGGAUUGUAAGAUCUGUUAAAUUUAGUUAACAAUAUGUUUAAAAUGUUAUGAACAAUUUUUAUAACUAAUGACAUAAUUCUGUAGUGUUUUUUAUCCUUACGUCAUUGUUUUUUUGUUUCUAUUGCUUUUUUACAAAUAUUCUGGAAUAUUUAAGCCUUAACACUUUGCUAUUUUAUUCACUAAGUUAUUUUUUCUCCUACAUCCUAGCACCAAUGGCAUGGGACCAGAGCCAUCAUUUGCUGCUUACGCCCGUGAUCACUUGGUCAGGGGUCAACGUAAGUUGACAAGUUUUGUACCGGAUAUAUUAUCAUCUUCACCAGAGAGAGCACCGUCAACCAAGCCCUCACCAAAUAUGUCACCACAGAGGAGACCAGAGACCAGGUUUAAGAGACCAGGCACCAUGACAAUCCCACUGUCCAGUCCACCACAACCUGCCUAUCCUUGGCCUAAUUUUAGGUUUUUGGCGGGACCAGCUACUCUUGAUGCAAGGGAAAGCACUGCACAACAGAGCUUAAGAGCAAAGAAUGGUAAAGAAAACUUAAAAACAUUUGAGGUUUACACAAAAAAUCAAAUUGAAUACUGGUCAGAAACAAAGACAGACAACUCAGGCACUACAACCAACUGGUCGAGUGCCCGAUCAAGUGCAUCGGAAUCGACAACCAACCCUGUGGUGAGUGCUGCAGCACCAGACAACACAAGUGAGACUCCUCGGGACUCUAAACCCCCAGAGUCUUCAAAUGAGUCGUUGCAGCAAAAUACACCCACAUCUGACACAAACUCUGACAGAACACCAGUUGAAAAGUAAAAGACUGCAAUCCAGUAAUGUCAUAUUCAUGUCGGACGAAACAUCAAUGGUUAUUGGAACCUACCAAUGAACUGAAUGUUGCAUCUAAGACAAAACUAUGCAGCAAUACAGCAUGUGGCAUGACAAGUAAAAACACAUUUGUUUAAUAGAUGAAACAUGCUGAAUGUGUCAAAAAACAUAUUUCAAGCCAAGAAUGAGACUUACGUUUGCAUUACCAUUCGGCUUUAGAACAUUCCAUUUACUUGAGCAUUAACUGUCUCUAAUAAGGUCCUAUCAAGGAGCGGAGAAUCCAGACCUAACCUUCUUGCAAAAUGACAGAGUGCUCAAACAAAUAUCUCACCAAAUAUUUGGCUCAUGUUAAACUAAAAAAAAACAAUUGUAGGGCCUAUAUAUUUCAGUAAAUACAUUUUAUUAAGGGGCUAAACCUCUCAUACCUCACUGUAGUCAUUUUUUGUGUAAAAUGUAGCAUCUCUAUAUAAAUCUAUGCUAAAUAAGAGACAAGACAUCUAUAUAAAUGUUUUUAUUUCAUGAGAUUCAUUGUUUGUUACAGUACAGAAACUUGUGUGCAUGCUGUGCUGCAGUUUCUUUGUUUCUAUAAACUCUGUGAUAUUUAUUCAAUAAUUCUGGUGCCAAAACAAAUUUCUUGUGAAUAUUUAUGACAUGUUCUCUGUGGCUAUAAAUAUUUAUAUUAAUGUUAAUUGAAGACUAGAAAUUUGUUCCUUAUGACUUUAGUCUUGUUGUAUCAUUGUAAAGGCAGUAAAUAAAAAUGAUUCGUUUCUUAGUAGUGACUAUCAUCAUUUGAUGUGCUCGAAAUGGUUUAGCUUUUUAAUUCACCAUAGGAUGGUUUGGACUUUUCUUACUUUGUGCUGCACUCAAUUUAAGUUUAAGUCAUUCCUUGUAGUUGAUAUUUUCUUACAUCGGUUUCCACGUUGUAAUGUGCAACGCUUCACAUUAAAGAAAAUAAUGUGGUGUCCAAAUAAAAUUAAUUCACUAUUACGAUUACAGUAGAGAUAGAAAUAUGUAAAUACAGGAUGCUUUUUAAGGUAUUUGGACUUAAUGCAGAUUUGAAUACAUUUAUUGAAGUUCUUUUCAUUUCCACAACACACCUCUAAGGUAUGGCAGUCUGUGACCACACCACCAGUUUAGUGGUCAACUAGAUCUUCAUGACACAACUGUCUCAACAUUGCUGCAUUAUUAAAAACCAUAUUUUCCUACAUGAUAUUAUUAAUUAAGUAUAGCCUACCAUUUUAAAUAUUUAAUGAAAUUUUUAUCUCUUCCUUAUUUAAUGUAAAUCAAAUCAUCCCAGCCUUAUGUUCAUAAUAUUGCAUACUAUUUAUGUUGCAUUUUAGCUUUAUAUUCAUGGGGAGGAAAGGUGUCAUAUAUAAAUUUCUAUAAACUGUUCCGCUGAUUUUUUUGUUACCAGCUAAGCACAUCUAAUAAAUAUGCACAUAUGACUUUUUGUCCGCCCCCCCCCCUCAUUAACCAUGUUGUAAAUAAAGAUCACAAUAUUAUCUUGCACUUCAUUCAAUCUAUAUAUCAUGUAUUAUCUAUACACGGCUGUAUGUUAGUAACGUGAUCCCAUACAAAUGAUAUUUUCUCCAACUAUUUCAACUAUGAAAAUUUGCAACAAAAGACAACCAAACAAUUAACAGAGUCAAGUAUGAUCAGUAACUUUUGAUUUUCUCAGCCAAUAUUUGUUACUGUUGUUGAUAUGUGAUAAACUACCCAUCCGUCCAGUCAAACGUUUAUUGUUCUUUGAACCUUUAACCUUUAUUCUUGCAUCAUACAUUUUUGUUCAGUUUUACCAAUACUUCAUGUAGAUCCUCUAUAUUUGUCUUAUAAGUUAGUAUUAAACAGUCUUGAUAAUUAAGACUCGUGGACUUCACUACCCAUGAAGCAGGUAUACACUUAAAUGCUUGAAUCUUUGUAAGUAGACUUCUACUUAAAUACUCCAAUCAAAACAAUGAAUUUUUUUUAGAAACUGUAUAACAAAAUGUUUUUUUAGUCUGCCAGCUUGGAUACUUGCCAUAUUGUGUUUAGUUCAAAUGUUUACACUUUGAAAAACACUACUUGAUAACUCUACACAUAAAAAGAUCAAUUUGAUUAGCCAACAUGCACACCAUAAGGCGAAAGUAUUGAUUUUUAAAAAAAUAAAUAAUUUAUUUCCUAUUGUAAAAUUAUGUAAACAAUAGGGGCAGAUGAUUGAAUAAUUCAGUGCUUGACAAUAUUUUAUCAUGAAAUGGCAAAUAGCUGAAAGUGCAUUAUAGAAUGUGUUAAGUUGGGGAAAAUCUCUCAUUAUUUAUCAUUUUUGUAACAUUCAUUUUGCCUCAACAAGAAAUGGUGAAAAAUUUCUUCCUCACAGAGAUAAGGCUGCUACUGUUUUUUCUUUUGUUUGUUAUUGUUCAGAAGGAAAACUGAUAUUAGAACAGUGCACUCCUGUAUCAGUGCACUUCACUAACAGUGCACUUCUGUAACAAUGUACUACUCUUUAAAAAAAAUCUGUUAUGUUAUAUUUUAAAUAAUAACUCGAAGACACUUUUCAUUAUUCACACUGAAGCACAGAUCUUACUUCUCAGUUAUUGAGCCCAUCAUUCCCUCACAUCUAUUUGUAGCAAUAAAACAAAAAAUCCUGCAAUUCCAUUCAAAAUUUAGUUCAACAAUUUUUGUAUAGUUAAGAAAACAAGUUUUGUAUAGUUAAGAAAACAAGUUUUGUAACUAAUUUACAUUUAUGCAUGAGUCAAAGUAUAAAAUGAAGGUUAAUGUCAUGGACUUACAUUUAAAGACUAAAACAAAGAUGUCAUCAAAGCUAAAAAAAAAAGAUCACAGAGAAUAAUGGCAACUUGUGCUGUUAUUAAAUACAUGAAAACUUUUCAUUCAUUGUUGUCAAAUUUUUAUUGAACCUUUUAACUUUAUUUUUUGCUUUAGUUGUUUUAUAAGAAUAUAAUAAUAUUUUGAACGA